AUGCCUGGUCUUGACCCAAAGGUAGCGGUUCAUCGUCUCGCAGUUAAGCCUGAGGCUCGACCGAUCAAGCAAACGCAACGACGCUUUCGGACAGAACUCCUGCCUCAAAUUGAAGCUGAAGUUGAUAAGUUGAUUGCUGCAGGUUUCAUUAGAGAGGUUCAAUAUCCUAAGUGGAUUGCAAACAUUGUUCCUGUCAAGAAGAAGAACGGACAACUCCGUGUGUGCGUGGACUUCCGCGACUUAAAUGAUGCGUGUCCAAAAGAUGACUUCCCUUUGCCCAUCAUUGAACUCAUGGUGGAUGCAACAACAGGGCAUGAAGCUUUUUCCUUCAUGGAUGGGUCAUCUGGGUACAAUCAAAUCAGGAUGGCCUUAGAAGAUGAAGAGCUUACUGCGUUCCGUACUCCCAAAGGCAUUUAUUGCUACAAAGUCAUGCCAUUCGGGUUGAAAAAUGCUGGUGCAACAUAUCAACGUGCUAUGCAGAACAUCUUCGGAGACAUGCUUCACAAGUACGUGGAAUGUUAUGUCGACGAUUUAGUGGUCAAGUCAAAAAGGAGGACGGAUCACUUCCAAGACCUAAGAAGGGUGUUUGACAGACUACGCAAGUACCAGCUCAAGAUGAACCCCCUCAAAUGUGCUUUUGGAGUUAGUUCAGGCAAGUUUCUUGGAUUCAUUGUGAAACAUCGUGGCAUUGAAGUGGACCAGUCAAAGAUUAAGGCCAUACAAGACAUGCCUGAGCCAAGAAAUCUACGCGAGUUAAAAAGUCUCCAAGGUCGGCUUGCUUUUAUUAGACGGUUUAUAUCAAACCUUGCAGGCCGGUGUCAGCCAUUUAGUCGACUUCUGAAGAAGGAUGUGCCUUUUGUAUGGGAUGAAGCUUGCCAUAACGCCUUUGAAAGCAUAAAGAAGUACUUGGCAAACCCUCCAGUGUUAGGUGCACCCAUUCCUGGGAAGCCGCUUAUACUCUACAUUGCUGCUCAAGAGCGAUCACUCGGGGCACUUCUAGCUCAAGAAAAUGAAGCAAAGAAGGAGAGGGCUUUGUAUUACUUGAGUCGAACUCUCACAGGACCGGAACUGAACUAUCCACCGAUAGAGAAAAUCUGUCUCGCACUCGUCUUCGCCAUACAAAAGUUAAGACAUUACAUGCAAGCUUACACAGUGCAUCUAGUGGCGCGAGCUGACCCAGUCAAGUUUGUUAUGUCACAACCCGUCUUGACAGGGCGAAUGGCAAAAUGGGCACUACUCCUCAAUCAGUAUGAGAUCAUCUACAUACCGGCCAAAGCGGUUAAAGGACAAGCAUUGGCUGACUUCCUAGCGGAUCAUCCUAUUCCUGCGGAUUGGGAGAUUUCAGAUGAGUUGCCAGAUGAAGAAGUCUUUAAUACAGAGGUCCUCCCUGCUUGGCAAAUGUUCUUCGAUGGGUCUUCACGAGCAGAUGGAGCAGGAGCUGGUGUGGUCUUCAUUUCUCCGCAGAGGCAGAUAUUGCCUUAUGCCUUUACUCUUGGUGAGUUAUGUUCCAAUAAUGUUGCUGAGUACCAAGCGCUAAUUAUGGGACUACAAACCGCAGCUGAAAUGAAAAUCUCAAAUCUAGAGGUAUAUGGAGACUCGAAGUUAGUAGUUGAUCAAUUAUUAACUGUCUAUGAAGUGAAGAAAGAGGAUUUAGUUCCUUAUUUUCGGCUCGCCACACAACUCUUAAAGGGUUUUGAUGUUGUUACACUAACGCAUGUGCCAAGGAAAGAAAAUCAAGUGGCAGACGCUUUGGCCAACUUAGCAGCAACUUUGGCAUUAUCAGAGGAUGAAAUCAUACACCUUCCAAUCUGCCAACGGUGGGUUGUACCUACAAUCUCUGAGUUUUGGCAUGAAUACUCCAAUGUUAUCUCUGUUUACGUGAUUGAUGCGGAUGACUGGAGGUACCCGUUGAUUGAUUACCUUGAGCGAAAUAAGUUGUCUGAUGACCCAAAGCAACGCUUGGACAUAAGACGAAGAGUAUCACGCUUCUUCUACUAUAAGGAGACUCUUUAUCGACGAUCAUUCGAUGGAUUGCUUCUUAGAUGUCUGGGGAAAGAAGAAGCUGCUAAGGCUAUGGAGGAAGCUCAUUCAGGAGUAUGCGGAGCUCACCAGUCAGGUCCUAAACUCCAUUUUCAAGUGAAGAGGAUGGGUUACUAUUGGCCCACUAUGGUUAAAGAUUGCAUGGAGUAUGCACAAAGGUGUCAGGCUUGCCAGUUUCAUGCAAACUUCAUCCAUCAACCACCAGAGCCACUGCAUCCAACGAUUGCUUCCUACCCCUUCGAUGUGUGGGGACUUGAUGCUGUUGGGCCCAUAACUCCGAAAUCCUCCGCCAGUCACUCAUACAUUCUAGCGGCUACGGAUUCCUUUUCAAAAUGGGCAGAGGCGGUACCGCUUAAAGAAAUAAAGAAAGAAAAUGUUGUAGACUUCAUCAAAGGGAAUAUCAUUCAACGAUAUGGUGUUCCUCGCUGCAUCAUCACAGACAAUGCCAAGUACUUUUCCAAUAGUGCCAUGGAGAAACUCUGUGAGAAAUUUCACUUCAAGUUACACUUUUCUUCUAUGUACAACGCCCCGGCAAAUGGGUUGGCUGAAGCAUUCAACAAGACAUUGUGCAACAUUUUGAAGAAAGUUGUCAGCAAAACAAAAAGGGAUUGGCAUGAGAGAAUGGGCGAGGCGCUCUGGGCCUAUAGAACGACAUAUCGAACUCCCACGAAAGCUACACCUUACUCCCUUGUAUAUGGUGUUGAAGCUGUCUUACCCUUGGAGAAACAGAUUCCAUCUCUGAGGAUUGCUUUGCAAGAGGGACUGACUGAUGAAGAGAACGUCAAGUUACGCCUUCAGGAGUUGGAAGCCUUAGAUGAAAAAAGACUUGACGCGCAACAGCACUUGGAAUGCUAUCAAGCUCGAAUGUCACGAGCUUUCAACAAAGGGGUUCGACCCAGAUCCUUUCAAGUUGGUGAUCUAGUGCUUGCCGUGCGCAGACCUAUCAUUAUGACACACAAGACUGGUCCAAAGUUUCAGUCAAAGUGGGAUGGACCUUAUGUAGUCCGCGAAGUCUACACCAAUGGAGCCUACAAAAUUGUGGCUGAAGAUGGCCUGAGGAUUGGCCCCAUAAAUGGAAAGUUCCUGAAGAGGUACUACGCUUGA